GAGCGAUGGUCAGCACGGAAGGUCAGUUUUUGGUGCGACAAACAUAUGAUGAUGAAAUCACAUACAACCUCAUCGGCGCUGCGGUGGAAAUACUAAAUAUACCAGCGGAUGUUAUAUUAGAACUUUUUGGUAAGACCUUCUUCGAAUUUUGUCAAGAUUCAGGUUAUGAUAAAAUCCUGCAAGUUCUCGGCGCCACACCGCGUGAUUUUCUGCAGAACUUGGAUGCGCUACAUGACCAUUUGGGUACACUGUAUCCCGGUAUGAGAGCGCCCUCAUUUCGUUGUACUGAAAAAGAUGGAUCAUUGUUGCUGCACUACUACUCAGAACGUCCGGGUCUGGAGCACAUUGUCAUUGGUAUUGUUAAGGCAGUGGCAUCUAAAUUGCAUGGUGUUGAGGUGGAAAUUGAGAUCGUUAAACGAAAAGGUGAUCCCAUCGAUGAAGAGGACCGCACGGAUGUCUUUACACAACAGCAACAACAACAAUCAAGUAGCACAAUAACAACUGGAAAUCUGCCAGAAGAGAAUAACAAUCACAAUAACAACGAAUCCGAUGUAGAUGAUGAGGACGACGUGGUAGUGUUAUCAGCCGCAGAUGUUAGCAAUAAAAGACAAGCUCGAUGUCCUUUUAGCCGCACCAAAUCUCAUUCUGGUUCAUCGAUGAGCAGCAGUGGCAAGCAGACAGACAGCUUCGAUUGUGACCCAGACAAGCAGGAGCAGAAAUGUUUACGUUUGCUCAAAAACAAAAGUGACGACAUCGAACGUUAUGAUCAUGUUCAAUUUCUGAUACGUGAAAUUGGCACCAGCAGCAGUAACAGUAAUAACGCAACAACAACAACAGCCACUACAUCGUCAGCCUGUAAGCCGAGUAAGGAGGAGGUGAAAGAGCCGCCGGAUGAAGUCGAUUUUUUGUGUGAAGGUGAGGAAGAUUCAGAAUGUACAAGUAGUAGCAAAGAGAUAGAACUGCCGGAUGAAUGGUAUUUUAUGAGUGAAGCGCCGCUCAUCUCGCCUGCCACAUUCUGCAAGGUAUUCCCUUUCCAUUUGAUGUUCGAUCGGCAGAUGAAAAUUGUGCAAGCUGGCAAAUCCGUUUCACGCGUCAUUCCAAGAGUUGCGGUGGAAAACUGUUCGAUAUUGGAAGUGCUUGAGGCCAUACGUCCGCAUCUACAGUUGAGCUUCGAAAAUAUUUUAUCGCACAUCAAUACGAUUUAUGUUCUACAGACGCGUCAAGGUGCAAUGGGCAAGCACGAACGUUAUCUACGGUUAAAGGGACAAAUGAUGUACAUACCGGAGUCCGAUCGCAUGUUGUUUCAAUGCUAUCCCAGCGUAAUGAAUUUGGAUGAUUUAACAAAAAAGGGACUUUACAUUUCGGACGUGCCGCUGCAUGAUGCCACAAGAGAUUUGGUGCUGCUUUCGGAAAAAUUCGAAGCAGAAUAUAAAUUGACAAAAAAUUUGGAAUUACUUACUGACAAGCUGCAGCAAACCUACAGGGAUUUGGAGAGUGAAAAACAGAAAACGGAUAGGCUUCUCUACUCGGUGCUACCCAAAUCGGUGGCCAAUGAGUUGCGACAUGAACGUCCAGUGCCCCCAAAACGCUAUGAUUCGGUCACACUGAUGUUUUCCGGCAUCGUUGGCUUUGGCAAAUAUUGCGCUGAAAAUACAGAUGCUGAGGGUGCUAUGAAAAUUGUUAAAAUGCUGAAUGAGUUAUACACAGUCUUUGAUGCGUUAACAGACUCGAAACGGAAUCCAAAUGUUUACAAGGUAGAGACAGUUGGCGACAAAUAUAUGGCCGUAUCUGGUUUGCCCGAUCACUGCGAGGACCACGCCAAAUGCAUUGCUCGCUUAGCACUGGAUAUGAUGGAUAUGGCAAAGAAUGUGAAAAUGGGAUCUUACCCAGUGCAAGUGACGAUUGGCAUACAUUCAGGCGAAGUGGUGACCGGCGUUAUCGGUAAUCGCGUGCCACGUUACUGUCUCUUCGGAAAUACGGUGAAUCUGACAAGUCGCACGGAGACCACAGGUGUGGCAGGGCGUAUCAAUGUCAGCGAGGAAACUUAUCGAUUGCUCUGCAAGGAGAUUAACCAUGACGAUUCAUUCAAUCUCGAAUACCGUGGCCCCGUCGUGAUGAAGGGUAAGCCGACACCGAUGGAUUGUUGGUUCCUAACACGCAACACAACAGCAACAGCACGCGAUAGCAUCUCCGACUCUCCCCUGCCACCAAAUUCGCCGCCACCAGCAAAUUUGAAAUCACCCUGCAGCAAUAACGCCACAGCCUCCGUAUCUAGCACAGGCGCCACCACUAGCACAGCAGUGUCAGCAAUAGCGCACUCAUUAUGCACAACCGACGAUAGUGUUGCAACAAGUCAAGCACCUGGUGCAAUAGCACUCGCAACCACAUUCUCACCCACAUCACCGGCGUCAUCAUCCUCCUCGUCGGCCGUAACAGUAGCAAGUGGCGGUGUAGCAUGCGCAGAUGCGGAUGACAACAACGUACCCGUUGUUGCGCCACCUGCUGAAAUGACCUAGGAAAUGUGUAACAACUCGUCCUGCUGUUGCUGAAAUAUACUCUAAGUGCGAUGAGAAAUAGCGAGUAGUGGUAGGAAGUGAGUCAAAAAGCUGUUAACACAUUAAGAUUUGUAAGAUGAGCUUGGCAGGGAUUGAAUUGGAUUGAAUUGCUUUUUGGAGUUUAAAGCAGAGGAUUGCUGCUGCAGAAAAAAAGGCAGGAUGAUACCACUGUGCGACUUUCACCAUUAAACCAAAUCACUUUUAUACGUACAUAUUUAACAACUGAUUUGAAGUAACAGCUCUUAACAUUAUGUUAACUCAAAUCGCACAACUCUAAACUCACACGAAUUUGUUGAUCUACAUGAAAAAGGAUAACAAAAGAUAAAUAUAUAUAUAUAUAUAAGUAUAUAU